AAAGGUUGGCUACCUACACGCGCGCGCGCGCACAUGCAGACAGAACAGUGACCUCCCCAAGAUGGCGGGGUUUUUGUGACUCGUUGCCUUUUAGCACGAGUGGUUUUAUAACUCGGACUAAAAUGGACUGGACGAUUCGGACAGCCAACCUUGAAGACUGUAAGGACAUCAGGCGCAUGAUGUCAGAGCUGUCAGAGUAUGAGAAAGUUGCAGAUCAGGUUACAAUUACACAAAAAGACCUAGAGCAGGAUGGGUUCUCUAAAAACCCAUUUUUCCACGCGCUAAUUGCUGAGAUUCCAGAACAGAACAAGACCAAAGAUGGUCAUACAAAAAUAGGAUUUUCCAUGUACUUCUACACUUACAGUUCAUGGAAAGGUCGAGCUGUUUACAUGGAGGACUUGUAUGUGAUGCCAGAGUUCAGAGGAAAAGGCAUUGGCAAGGCAUUGAUGAGCAAAGUUGCACAGAUGGGACGGACUGCUGGCUGCACUCAGCUCAAUUUUACAGUGUUGAACUGGAACAAGACAGCGCUGGACUUUUACCUGAAUCAGGGUUCUAUGGACGUGACCUCUGACCUGGGUUACCAUUACAUGUGCUGUCAUGGGGAUGCCUUUCAAAAUAUGGCUGAUAACGAGUUUUAAAUUUCCAAUUCAUUUCAGGUUCAUUCUUUCUAAAGAGCUAAACUAAAUUUUGUUCAGUGUGAGACGUUAUUGGUCCAGCACUGUUGGAAGCAAAAUACUUGUGUUAAUGUGAAACUUGAUUUGUGUGGAUGUGUGUGUGUGUGUUUGUGUGUGUGUAUGUUGUGUGUGUGCGUGCAUUUCUUUCUUAAUAGUAAGUGUCUGUUGUAUAGAGGAUGAUAAUAACCAGUGUUCUAUUAACCACAGGAUAUUGUUACAUACUGUAAUGCGUUUAUAAUUAUUGAAAAUGGUGCUAUAAUUAGUGAAUAUGGUAUUUUUUAGAAUGGAUGAUCAUGUGUUCACUAAAAUGGAAACAUAAGUGUUAUCCAGUUGAAACAAGCUUGUCAGCCUGCUAAAGAUUUCUCAUGUUCAAAUUUGUUCAUUUUCCUGAACUAAAAUAUAUCUUUAUAUUUGAAUUAUAAGAAGUAAAGUUAUAGCAUGGUUAACGCCAAAACUGGGGGGGGUUACAAUGGUAAAUGAAUUAUAAUUUCCAUUAUCAUGCACAUGGGUCUGUCACAUUUAGCUCAGGUACUCUCCACAUUUAAACACCAGCCUAAUCUUUUUCUCUUCACUUGACUGACUUCUCAGUGUUUUCAUCAGUUGGGCUGUCAAAAAACAUAUAAUAAAUGUUUAAAGGUGCCCUUCCACACAAAA